UUUCAGUUAUUUAACGUCUCUAAUCCACACUGGGAUUAUCAGAUCAUCAUUGAACAGAUUAAUGCAGUGCAGAACAUUAAGUUGUAUACAGCCAACGGUAUAUGGCUGAAUCCAAUAUAUACUAUCAGCCAAGAAUAUCAGAACGAUGUCAUUUCCUUCUAUCAAGCGGAAGUGGAUAAUUUGGAUUUCACUGUUGCCGAUGGUUCUGAGGCCCAGAUCAAUAGCUGGGUAGAAAAUAAAACUGAAAAUAGAAUUCCCUCUGUACUUCAACCUGGGGCACUUUCGGGAAACACUCUUCUUGUCCUGGUCAACAGUAUCUUUUUCAACGGCACCUGGGCCUCGCCCUUUAAGAAUGCGCUCACACGCAAAGGUGAUUUCUACAGGCCAGACGGCAGUAGUGUACAGGUUGAUUUUAUGAAUCAGAUUCAUAGAUACAGCUUGAGAAAGUCGUAUAUGGACAGCGACAUCAUAAGGAUUCCUUUUGUCAAUAGGAGAUUUGCUUUAUACAUUGCCUUGCCGAAGUCAGAAUUUGCUUUGUCUACGCUAGAAGGUGAGAUAACUGGAGAAAAUUUCUCUGACGAGGCUUUUUUCCAUGGUUAUCAAGAUACCUUUGUAAACCUGACGAUUCCUAAGUUCAAACUCUCUUCCAACAUGGUGCUAAACAACGUUCUCAUUGAUAUGGGUACGUCGGAAGCUUUCUCGUCUGCAGCAAACUUUUCCGGAAUAACCAGAGAACCAGCAAAAAUGAGUUACGUUAUUCAAAAAGCUCUCAUUGAAGUCCAAGAAUCCGGCACAGUCGCAGCUGCCGCUACACCAAUAAUCAUGGAGAGAACCAGUGCUAAUAGUCUUCCACUCAAUCCGUACAAUUUCUUUGCUAACAGGUCUUUCGUCUUCUUUCUUAGAGAGGACAGGCUCCAGCUUAUUCUCUUUCAAGGCAAAUUUGCCGACCCAAAAACAAAAGAAAUUAACUUUCCGUGAUGUAUAAAACAAGUGGUUAGUAAUACUAUGCCACUAUAUGACUGAAACUUAUAAUGACUAACAAAUAAAAUAUUCCAGUCAAGUUAAAUAUCUAAUUUUAAAAACAGAGUAUUUUAUGUAUACUUGUUUACUAACUAAUAAAGAUAUUAAAAUAAGGUUACGAAGAAAGUUUGUGUGGAAAAACAAACUCAAAAUCGGCCCCCGCAGUUGUCAGCUCAGGUAGAUAAAAAGGUAGGUUUCAAUAUUUUUAGAAAGAGUAUCAGAAACUAUGAACUACAAAUUAUUAACAACAACAACCCUAUCUCGUCAAUAUUAUUAGUUCGACUAACGACUUGAUACCACAGGAUACGGAGAUUUAUUGAUGUUAUUAUUAUUACAUUGUUAAUAUUCAUAUGUAUUCGAUGAACUGAUAGUUAUAAAGAUACAGUGAAAUCCUUGGUGUCACUUACAAAGACCGCAUCACGAAUGAAGAAAUUAGAAACAGAAUUAAUGCACCGAUUUGACUCCACGAUGACCUGCUAACUAUUGUCAAAAAACGUAAGCUCAAACUCUAUAGCCACAUCACAAGGUCCUCGGUGAUCGCAAAUACCUUUCUUCAGGGAACAGUACCAGAAAGAAGAGUGAAUGAAAUUUUAUCAAAGGCAAAUAACUGAGAGAAAAAGAGAAAGACGGUAGACAAAUCUUGUGUGGUGUCCCAAUGGUCCAUCAGACUAAGGCAGUGAUGUUCAAAAUACGGCCCGCAGCGUUGUUUAAUCCGGCUCGCCGAAAUGUCGGCACAAAGAGUAGAAAAUCGACUGUAAAAAAAAAAUGGAAAAAUAUAUCUUUACCUACGUUACGGCCUUUACUUUUCUCUGAUGAAUUGGUACCAAGACCUUUAACAUUUUUGUGUUUAUGAAAUGGGACUAUGAAUGUAGAAACUACCAGGAAAGUGAACGGAUCUUUACUUUUUUUGUGGAAUAUGAUAAUAAGCCAACAUAUUUUAUUUGUAAAGCUAGCUCACAGUUUAAGUAGAGAAAUACAGUAAUUUUCUGCGCGUAAAAAAUAUACUUCAUAUAGGUCAUUAAUUAAUGUAAGUACUAGAUCCACGGGCUUCUUAUACGCCUAGUUUCAUGUUAAUUUCAUUUCGUUUUUGUAUAUUAUCAUUAAUUUGGCCCGAAUUAGGUUGGGCAUCACUGGACUAAGGGAUAGGUGAAGAUGAAGCUAAAUUUGAACCUGGACUAAUUGAUGUUAUUGAAUAAUUAUCUAAUAUAUCUAAUUGUUUUGUAAAGGGGGAAUCUCUACAUCAAAACCUCAUCAAAUUAUACUUUUCUUUAGAUGGAUGAAACCUUUUCCCUUUACUUGUGUGUUCUUAUGACACUAUGCUUUUGUGCAGUUCAUGUGUACAAUAGAAACAUUACUUAUUAAUUUUUGUUUUAAAUUAUAUUCCACUUGUAUGCAUAUUAAAUAGAUUUUUUUCUCUUUGUAAGAAAGUUAACAUUUGUUGUAAAUAAAGGUAGUUUGUAGGAC